AUGGAACCAGACGCCGAAGAACAAUUUUCAAGUCAAAAUGAUGAUUCCCGUGAGGAUUUGGAAAGUGAAUGUGCACCAAGCAAUAUGAUUGUUAAUUACAGUAUAAACGGUGUACAGGAUAUGGGCGGAGUAGAUUUUAAGAAUAUGACAACAACUGAUAUCAUGAUGUAUGAUUUUCCUAACCUUGAGGUGGCUUUUACAUUCUACAACUGGUAUGCUCGAAUGCAUGGAUUUUGUAGCCGCAAAAGCAAGAAGAAAAAAAACGCAAAUAAAGAGGAUGUCCGACAGGAGUUUGUGUGUUACAGGCAAGGGUUUAGAGAAGACAGAUUUAAGGACAACAAGAUCCGUCAGCGUGAAGCAAAGCCAAUUACAAGAUGCGGUUGUAAAGCAAAGUGUGUUGUGAGUGUUAAUCGAAUCACUCAGCGUUGGUCCAUAAGGUCUAUUAAUGAUGUGCAUAAUCACCCGGCUGUUAAAGAACUAUUUAUUGGGUUUCUACCAGGUCACAGGGGAAUGGAUGAUGAUGACAUAAUUCAAAUGAAUCACUAUAAGAAUUCGGGUAUCCGGACCUCUCAAAUAUUUGGAACAUUUGCUAAUCAGGUUGGAGGGUAUGAGAAUGUCACUUUCUCACAAAAAGACAUGUAUAAUGUAGUAGACAAGGAUAGGCGUUCUAAAGGUACUGACUCAAGAGCUGCAUUAGCAUAUUUGCGUUCAUUGAAGAGUUCUGACCCAGCAAUGUACUGGAAGCAUACAGUUGAUAAGGAAGGAAGGUUGCAACACUUAUUUUGGUCUGAUGGUAGGUGUCAAAUGGAUUACAACAUAUUUGGUGAUGUUUUGGCCUUUGAUGCAACAUACAAGAGGAAUCGUUAUUUGUGUCCUAUAGUUAUAUUUUCUGGGGUAAAUCACCACAACCAAACUACAGUAUUUGCCAGUGCUAUUGUUGCCAAUGAGAUUGAGGAAACAUAUGUUUGGUUGCUUGAAUGUUUGUUGGAAGCAAUGAAGGGCAAGAUGCCAAAAUCUGUGAUAACGGAUGGUGACUUAGCCAUGAAGAAUGCAAUAAGAAAGGUGUUUCCUGAUGUCCACCAUAGAUUAUGCGCUUGGCACCUUAUAAGGAAUGCAACCUCCAAUGUGAAGAGCAACAGAUUCACGCAUUUGUUCAGAAAAUUAAUGUUGUGUGAUUAUGAGAUUGUUGACUUUGAAAGAAAAUGGAAUGACAUGGUUAUCGAGUGUGGAGUUCAUGAUAAUAAUUGGGUUUUAGAUAUGUAUCAAAAGAAGGAGAUGUGGGCUGCAGCACACAUUCGAGGUAAGUUUUUUGGAGGCUUUAGAACUACUUCCCGCUGUGAGGGGCUUCAUUCUAAAAUGGGUAAAUUUGUAAACUACCGCAAUAACUUAACUGAGUUCUUGCAACAUUUCAACCAAUGCAUAGAACAUUUGAGGUACAAAGAGCUUGAAGCUGACUAUCUAUCGAUGCAUGGUGACCGAAUGGUGCAAACUGAAUUCCAUUUACUUGAGACAAAUGCAUCUAAAGUUUACACAAAAAACGUUUUCUUUCUAUUUCGCUCUAUCAUGCGAAAAUCAUGUGCUGUCAAAGUUGUUGGUUGCAAACAAACAGCUUCCUGUUUCAUAUAUAUUGUCAACAAAUAUUGUAGAUCUGAUUGUGAAUGGCACGUGUCUUAUUGGCCUAUUAGUAUGGAACUAAAAUGUUCAUGUCUUAGGAUGGAAUCUAUUGGUAUCCCUUGUGAUCAUAUUAUAUGUGUCAUGGUUUAUAUGAAUAUGGUAGAAAUUCCAUCAGCUUUGGUGUUAGACAGAUGGACAAAGAAUGCUAAGGACUCGGUAAAUUACACAAGCCAAGGACAAUCAGGUGGAUGGGAUUCGAUGUCAGUUUGUCGCUACAAAUCUUUAAAUCACAGAUGUAGGGAAAUCAACAAUUUGGUGUGUAAAAAUCCAGAGGCUUAUGCCGAAACCAUGGAGUUAUUGAAUGAUAUUUAUGGACAUGUUAAAAGUAAGUAUGAGGUACAACCUGAGGAUGGUAAGAAGAUUGAAGGACACGGUGAUCGUUAUCUGCAAAAUCCACUCACCGCUAAAACCAAGGGGCGUGUCGCAAAUGUUGCAGGCAGGGCUGGUAACAAAAGGAAACAGACUCAAUGUGGUUUUUGUGGGAUUACUGGUCAUAACAAGCAAACUUGUGGUGCAUUUAAAAAACAGAAAACCUUUGUCGACAAGAGCAAGACAACGGAUGAUGAUGUGAUAUUAGUUUAG